AUGUAUAACACUAUGCAUAACAAUGAGUUUGGCAUGUUUAAGGCGUGGAACCUCGAGUCCAAGACCAGUUGCGAGUCUUACAAUAUCGCCCUUUCCAUGUACCAGGCACAAACCAAGAGCCACGACGAGUGGUACAAGGGGCUCAAGGCAGUUAUCAAGUCCGCAGUCAAAAAUGAGCACGACGCUACUCUAAGCUGGUGGCAUGAAUAUUGGGCCCGGUCCUACAUCAUUAUCAACGAGGACAAGGGAGAGAAGGAUGCAGGCUUCCAGGUCGGUAAGAACUACCAGAUCUGGCGUUACCUCAUGGGAUGCAAUGCAAAGGGAGAAUGGCCGACUAAGUUCAACGGCGGCCUCUGGACAUUUGAUCCUAUCUACGUCAAUAUCUGGCGUCCCUACACACCCGAUUAUCGACGUUGGGGCGGCGGCACCUUUACAGCUCAAAACCAGCGUCUCCUUUACUGGCCUCUCCUGCGCUCUGGCGACUUUGACAUUAUGGCACAACAGUUUGACUUUUACGAGCGCAUCACUCCCAAUGCGGUGCUUCGCGGAAAGGUCUACCAAGACAUUGAUGCUGCGUUCUUUCUGGAGAAAAUCGACAAUACUGGCUUAUCAAAUGUGUUUGGGUAUAAUGCUCAGUGGUACAACGACAAUGCCAAUACCCCGCGGCCCGACUUCUUCCCGGAUGGUGAACUGUGGGAUGUCUGGCUCAAUCAUAUGCAAGACACUGCGAAAAAUAAGUCCCUAGUGAUUUAUCCUGGUUCUGGUGCAGAGACCUACAAGGAGUCUUACAACGCAGUCUCUACUCUCGCUGGCCUACGUCAGGUAAUCAAGGAUCUCCUCAUCAUUGACGAGUUCACGCUCCAGAACAAGACCUAUUACACCAAGUACCUUGCCAAAAUCCCAGCAAACACACUUCGUCAACAACAAGGGCACACCUGCAUUGCUCCCGCCGAAGCAUACACGCGUGUUCAGAACAGUGAGGUUCCCCAGCUAUAUACCGUGUUCCCUUGGCCGGAGUACGGUCUUGGUCUUCCUAACCUGACUCAUGCCACUAACACUUAUCUCUACGACACUGAGACCUUUGAGUACCACGGCAACACUGGCUGGAAGCAAGAUGCCAUAUGGCUUGCACGCAUGGGCCUCACUGCCAACGCCACUGCUAUGACAGAGGAGCGUUAUGCUCCCAGCAAGGUGUGCAAGUUCCCGACUUUCAAAGGCCCGCACUUUGACUGGACUCCGGAUCUCAAUCACUACGGUUCGGCAGCUAUCGGUCUUCAGGAACAGCUCAUUCAAACCUUUGUUGGGAACGAUAUUCGGCUGCUUGCUGCUUGGCCCAAGACAUGGGACGCACGCUUCAAGGUCUGGGCGCCGCAUAAUACGACAGUCGAGGGGACUGUCAAGGCUGGCAAGAUGAACAAGCUCACUGUUCUGCCCAAGUCCCGGAAGAAUGAUGUUAUUAUUGAGUGA